AAUCGUGAACAAGAGGCGCUUCUCAGCAGCUGAGAGGAAUUUCAUCAUACAAACAAUGCAGCGAGCUGGGAAAUGGAGGACUCCUCGACGGCCCAAAAAGCCAAGCAACAUAGAGAAAGAUCCAGUGGGGGUUUAUUGCCGCAUACGUCCACUUGGUGGAGAAGAUGAGGAAUGCUGUGUUGAGAUGAUCAGCAGCUCCACCAUUCAGCUUCAUGCUCCUGAUGGACUGAAGGCAAACCGCAAUGGCGAAUACAAGGAGACACAGUACUGCUUUAAGAAGGUGUUUGGUAUUAAAACAACUCAAAUUGAGCUGUUUGAAGAUGUCGCCAAGCCACUCAUUGAGGACCUCAUUCACUGUAAAAACGGUUUGCUGUUUACAUACGGCGUGACAGGAAGUGGUAAAACGUACACUAUGACUGGCUCGCCUGGAGAAGGUGGACUCCUUCCUCGUUCUCUAGACAUGCUCUUCAACAGCAUCGGGUCUUUUCAGGCCAAAAGAUUUGUGUUUAAACCUGAUGAGAAAAAUGGAAUCGAGGUUCAGAGCUAUGUUGACUCUCUGCUCGAGAGACAGAAGAGAGACAGUCAGCUGUCGGUUCCCAAAACGCCGUCUUCCAGGCAGCGGGCGGAUCCGGAGUUUGCGGAUAUGAUCAACCCAGACCAAGCGUGUAAAUUUGAGGGCGUCGACGAAGACUGCUGCUACAGCGUAUUCGUGUCCUACAUUGAGAUCUACAACAACUAUAUCUAUGACCUCCUUGAAGAUGCUCCGUUUGAUCCAAUCAGACCAAAGCCACCUCAGUCAAAGAUUCUGCGUGAAGAUCAGAAUCAUAAUAUGUAUGUGGCCGGCUGCACAGAAGUUGAAGUCAAAUCCACAGAAGAGGCUUUUGAAGUCUUCUGGAAAGGACAAAAGAAGAGACGGAUAGCGAAUACUGAGCUCAACCGAGAGUCCAGUCGCUCCCACAGUGUGUUCACAGUGAAGCUGGCCCAGGCACCUCUAGAUGCUGAUGGGGACCAUGUGCUGCAGGACAAAAGCCAGGUGAAUGUGAGCCAGCUGUGCCUGGUUGACCUGGCGGGCAGCGAACGCACCAACAGAACCAGAGCAGAGGGAAGUCGCCUUCGAGAAGCAGGUAAUAUUAACCAAUCCUUGAUGACCCUGCGGACAUGUAUGGAGGUCCUGCGUGAAAACCAGAUGUGGGGAACUAAUAGGAUGGUGCCCUACCGAGACUCUAAAGUCACACAUUUGUUUAAAAACUACUUUGAUGGAGAAGGAAAAGUCAGGAUGGUUGUCUGUGUUAAUCCCAAAGCUGAGGAUUAUGAAGAAACCUUGCUGGUAAUGCGCUUUGCUGAGAUGACCCAGGAAGUGGAGGUGGCUCGGCCGGUGGACCGUCCGAUCUGUGGCCUGACACCGGGACGCAGGCAGAGGAACCAGGCUUUCAAAGACGAGCUGUCACGCCGACUGGAAGAAAGAGGAGGUCCAGUUAAUGGAGAUCCAGUUCAGCUGAACCAGCUCAUUGAAAGCCUCCCUCCACUGCCUCCCUGCGAGCUCUCAGAUCCGUCUGAUGAUCAGACGUUGCCCCGUCUGAUGGAGGUUCUGGAAAGACGGUACCGUAUCCGUCAGAAGAUGGCCGAACAGUUCAACCAGACUGCAAAUAGUAUGAAAUCCACGUUUCAGCAGUUUGAGAGUCAGUUCAGUUCUAAGGAAAAUGUACUGCAUGAUCAGCAAAGCAAACUGGGGGAGAAAGACAAAGUCAUUGCAAACCAAAGGACGGAGAUUGAACGACUGGAAAAAAAAUCCAAGACUUUAGAAUACAAGAUUGACAUCCUGCAGAAAACGACGGAGAUGUACGAGCAGGACAAACGCUCCCUUCAGCAGGAGCUGGAGAGCAGAGAGCAGAGGCUGCAGAAGGAGUUGGCAGAAAGGAGGCGCAUGGAGCAGCGGAUGCAGGGCAUGGUGACCGACACCAAGCUCAAAUGGGAGAGGGAGUGUGAGAGGCGAGUGAACGCCAAGCAGCUGGAGCUGCAGAACAAGUUGUGGGUGAAGGACGAGAAGCUGAAGCAGUUAAAAGCCAUCGUGACGGAGAACGGCGGCGCCAGCGGCGGUCCCGCAGAGCCGCCGCGGAAGCCUGAGAGACCCUCCAGAGAGAGGGAUAGAAACGUUGCUCAGAAGCGCUCAGCUUCUCCUACACCUCUCUCUGAUUUAGGCCAAACGCCUCUCAGCCAAAACCGAGCCAAUGUUAGGGGAGUUCAGGACCCCGUCCCCACCUCCAGUCCCUCCUCAUCCUCCUCUUCCUCCUCGUCCUCCUUUCCCUCGGUUGCCUCCUGCAUUUCAGAUUGGGAGCAGAGGUUCCCUUUAGACUCAGGCAGCCAGUCUAGACAACCGGGAACGCCCCAGUUUGGCAGCAGGACUCCCACCCCAUGCCAUGGCGCCAGCAGCGUGGGUCGCAGGAGAGGCCAGCGCUGGGCCCCAGAGACUGAGGCCCCUCAUGUAGCUUCUGUCUAUGAGCUAAACAAAGAGGCAGGAACAAGGACGGUUCCUCCGGUUCACCCAAUGCACAGGCGCUCACACUCUGCGGGUGGGGAGAAAUGGGUAGACCACAAACCGGCCUCUAAUUUGGAUCUAGACACUGUAAUGCAGCCAAUCAUACCCAAUGCGAUCAAGGUGUCGACCCCGAACGAGAAAGCUCUGUCUAAAUGCCACAAAUAUGUGCUUAGACACCAAGAGCUUGCCUCUGACGGGGAGCUCGAGACCAAAUUGAUAAAGGGUAAUGUUUUUAAGACCAGAGGUGGAGGACAAGCAGUGGAGUUCACUGAUAUCGAGACGCUAAAGCAAGAAGACCCGACAGCACCGAGUCGCAAAAGGCGAUCCGGCUCCAGAGAGGGACCGACUCAAACAGAUGACAUUGAAAACAGGCCUCCAGUGGCAAACGUCAGUGCAAGCCAUGGGAAUCAAAAACGGAGAAGACCUUAAGGUGCUGCAGAGAUUUUCUUUUCCCUAAACACUCAAACUGUUGCCUGUCAAAUCAGUGAAGAGGAAACUGCAUCUGACAGCUGCAGAACAUUUCUGCUAUUCCUGAUUAUAUUAAACUUUACUAUGGUGCAAUUAUAAUUUAAUCAUUACUUAAUGAUAUAUAAAGUCUUGUUUGUUGGAUUUUUCCUACAAAUAAGUGCUUUUUAUAUUGCUCUUUGAAUGCUGGAAUCCCUUCUGCUAGUAGACUGAGAGGUGGUUAAUGACCAGUAACAUGCUGACUGAUUGUACCUGGUGUCUUUUGUCUGCUUCAUGCUGCCACCCAAAGUAUGUGUGCUGUGGAAAUGUUUUUAUUUUUGUGUGUAUUUUUUUUUUUGUCUUUGCUUAUUUUUUUUCUUGCCGUCUUUUGAUGUAUUAAAUGUCGAGGUGUUGGUGCACACAUCUGACUGCAAAAAAAUAAUUUUUAGGAUUUUCAGCACGUGGACCUGCAGAUAUAAAAGUGCUGUGCUGUCACGCAGUGCGGCUGACCCCCCUGUAAAUAGCCUUUUUAUCUUUUCUAAACAACUUUUGACGGCAUUAAACUUAUUUGGACACCAUGUUGUAAUUGCCAUUUUGUCCACAAAGAGUGAUUUUUGUUUUAUUUUCGAACCUGGAACCGUUCCGAGCUUGGUUGGCAUUUGUUUUAACGUUGUUUGGAAUAGUUUCAGGUCUGAAAGUAAAGUUGAGUAAAGCUCAGUCAUAUCUGUACAUGCAAAUGUAUUGGAAAUAUUGCAAAAUUAACUACGAAUCAAAAUUAAAAGUUUUUUUUCAAAUUGUGA